AUGAAAAUACAUAUACAAACUGGAGGGAAAUCUUUCCAUUGUGGUAUAUGUGGACUUGGCUUUGAUAUGCGAAGUAAACUUAAUCAUCACAUAAUAUUUCAUAAGAUUGAAAAUCCUUACAAAUGUGAUGUUUGUGGAAAGUGUUUUUCCAAAUUGUUUCAUCAGACUGAACACAUGAAAAUACAUACAGGAGAAAAACCCUACAAAUGUGAUGUUUGUGAAAAGAGUUUCAUAAGAGCACGUGAAUUUAAAGUUCACCUGAGAAGACAUACUGGAGAAAAUCUUUACAAAUGUGAUAUUUGUGAAAAGAGUUUUACAACAGCAAGUUAUUUUAAAGUUCACAGAAGAGCACAUACUGGAGAAAAACCAUACAAAUGUAAUGUUUGUGAAAAGAGUUUUAUUACAGUAAGUAAUUUUAAAGAUCACAUGAGAGUACAUACUGGAGAAAAACCACACAAAUGUUAUGUUUGUGAAAAGAGUUUUUUGAGAACUGGUCAUUUUAAAAUUCACAUGAGAACCCAUACUGGUGAGAAACCAUACCAAUGUGAUGUUUGUGAAAAGAGUUUUAGUAAAUCAUGCCAUCUUAAAGUCCACAUGAGAACACAUACUGCAGAAAAACCUUACAAAUGUGAUGUAUGUGAUUGGUGUUCUUCUCGUCCAAAUUCCCUCCAGUUACACAUGAGAACACAUACUGGAGAGAAACCACACAAAUGUGAUGUUUGUGAGAAGAGUUUUAUAAGAGCAAGUCAUUUAAAAGUUCACAAAAGAACACAUACUGGAGAGAAACCUUACAAAUGUGAAAUUUGUGGAAAAUGUUUUACGACUUUACCUUACCAUAAAAUUCACUUAAAAACCCAUACCGCUACUGGAAAAAAGCCUUUCAAAUGUGACAUAUGUGAAUGGUGUUGCUGUCAUCCAAAUACUCUCAAGUUGCACAUGAGAACACAUACUGGAGAAAAACCAUACAAAUGUGAUGUUUGUGAAUGGCGUUUUCAUCAUCCAAGUUCCCUUCAGUUACACAUGAGAACCCAUACUGGAGAGAAACCUCACCAAUGCAACAUUUGUGGAAAGCGUUUUUUAAGAGUAAGCAAUCUUAAUGCUCACAUGAGAACACAUACUGGAGAAAAACCUUACAAAUGUGGUGUGUGUGAAAAGUGUUUUACAAUGUCAAAUAAGCUAAAGGUUCACAUGAGAACACAUACUGGUGAGAAACCAUACCAAUGUGAUGUUUGUGGUAAAUGUUUUAUAACUGCGUCACGUCGUGAAGUUCACAUGAGAACACACACUGGAGAAAAGCCAUACAAAUGUGAUGUUUGUGAUAGAUCUUUUAUAACUGCAUCACAUUAUAAAGUUCACUUGAGAAAUCAUACUGGAGAGAAACCAUACAAAUGUGAUGAUUGUGAAAAAUGUUUUAUAAAAGCAAGCUAUCUUAAUAUUCAUAAGAGAGCACAUACUGGAGAAAAACCUUACAAAUGUGAUGUGUGUAAAAAGUGUUUUACAGUGUCAAAUAAGCUAAAGGUUCACAUGAGAACCCAUACUGGAGAGAGACCAUACAAAUGUGAUGUUUGUGAAAGAUCCUUUAUAACUGCAUCACAUCAUAAAGUUCAUUUGAAAAUCCAUACUGGAGCGAAACCAUACAAAUGUGACAUUUGUGGUGCAUCUUUUAUUACUGCUUCACAACAAAAAGAUCACAUGAGAAUACAUACUGGAGAAAAAACUUUAUAA